UAUAUAGAGGUAAUGACAGCCUUUCCAACCACUUUCUCAGCAGCUGAAGGAGUAACAUCACAUAAGAAAUACAGUGAAAAACAACAAGAGUAUUGUGAAACAUACUGUCUCACAGGAUAUUACUGAAAAGAAGGUUAUCAUUUGAGAGACAGCGGGAGCAGCGACAAGACAGGAAACAAAGCAGCGCUCGCCAGAAAUACCACGAAACUGAAGAGUUGGUGUACAUAGAUUGCAGUGAACAAGUGUUGAACAAGAUGAUUGUGAACGCCACUUCCCCCAUGGUUGUCGUGGCCAACAGGCUUCCAUUCAUCGUACAGAAAAACGCAGAGACAGGCCAGUUCGAGAGAAAGCAAUGCGCUGGUGGGCUGGUGACCGCCGUUGCCCCCGUUGUAGUGGAGACCAAUGGGCUGUGGGUAGGGUGGUCGGGCCAGCACCUCGAAGACGGGGAGCAUGACAUCCCCGAAGCCAAUCCAAAUGACCGCUCUCCUACAGCAGGUCUUAAGAGUCGACAGGUGAUUCCCGUGAGGCUGCCUCAGAAACAGUUUGAUGACUAUUACAAUGGCUGUUGUAAUGCCACCUUUUGGCCUCUCUUCCACUCCAUGCCGGACAGGGCACUUUUCCAGUCAGAUAAAUGGGAGGCUUACAGGCAAGUCAACGAGCAUUUUGCAAAGCUGACGGUCGAGGCGGUCGUCAAACUGGCGGAGACGAACCCCAACAGUGUGCCCCUCGUUUGGCUCCACGACUACCACCUCAUGAUGGCCGCCAACAGCAUCCGAGACAGGUGCGACAGGCUGGGCCUGCAAAUUAAGAUGGCAUUCUUCCUGCACAUCCCCUUCCCUUCGUGGGACAUCAUGCGACUCUUUCCCUGGGACGACGAGCUCCUGCAGGGGAUCCUAGGUUGCGACUCCGUGGGCUUCCAUGUGGAGGAUUACUGCCUCAACUUCAUCGACUGCUGCCAGAGGCGUCUGGGCUGCCGCGUGGACCGCGAGCAGAUGCUGGUGGAGCACAACGGACGCACGGUGUCGGUGCACCCUCUGCCCAUCAGCAUUCCCUAUGACAGGUUCGUCAGCCUGGCAGAGAAGGCGCCGCAGGUGGUCAAGAACAACGAGCAGGAGCAGCUGUUGCUGGGCGUCGACAGGCUGGACUACACCAAGGGCCUCGUGCACAGAAUCCGCGCUUUCGAAACGCUGCUGCAAAAGCACCCUGAGCACAUUGAGCACGUCACGUUCCAGGUUGCAGUGCCCCGAACGGACGUCAAGGAAUACCAGGAACUGAAGGAGGACCUCGACCAGUUAAUUGGCAGAAUAAACGGACGUUUCUCGACGCCCAACUGGUCGCCGAUUCGCUACAUCUACGGGUGUGUGUCUCAGGAGCAGCUGGCUGCCUUCUACCGAGACUCAUCAGUGGCUGUGGUAACUCCCCUGAGGGACGGCAUGAACCUGGUGGCCAAAGAGUUUGUCGCAUGCCAGGUGGGCGAACCAGGUGUUCUUAUGCUAUCUCCAUUUGCUGGUGCUGGAACAUCAAUGCAUGAGGCACUGAUAGUGAACCCUUAUGAGACAGCGGAAUUUGCUGAAGUUAUGCACCGUGCCCUCACCAUGCCAAGGGAUGAAAGAGAACUUCGAAUGCAGCAACUUCGUCAUCGUGAACGUGAACAUGAUGUGAACUUCUGGCUUCAGUCAUUCCUCAAAUCGGUGGACUGUCUGGCAGACAAUAAUCUUACACCAGGACGUCUCCUCCCACUGAGAGAAGAAGACUUCAGUCAUUUCCUGGCCUCUUACGUCACAGAGUCCUCACGGUUAGCUCUGAUUCUAGAUUAUGACGGCACCUUGGCCCCCAUCGCACCUCAUCCAGAUUUGGCUCAGAUGCCUGAGGAGACCCGUCGCGUCCUGGAGCGCUUGGCUCACAUGCCUGACGUUAAUGUGGCCAUCUUGUCAGGACGUUCAAUGCAAAACGUGAAAGCCAUGAUAGGAAUCGAGGGCAUUACUUAUGCCGGUUGCCAUGGCUUCGAAAUUCUUCAUCCAGAUGGAACUUUGUUCAUGCAUCCUAUACCUCAUGAAUAUGAGGUCCAGUUAGAACAGCUUAAGAAGCAGCUGGAGGAGGAAGUAUGCAAAGAUGGCGCAUGGCUGGAACAAAAGGUAUCGGGAAUAACAUUCCACUACCGGGAGGUACCAGAGGACAAACAGCAAGCUAUUAUGUCACGAGCACAUGAACUGUUCCGAGCAAAUGGGGUUAAGGUCUAUCAGUCUCCCAUGGCAUACGAGACACGGCCCCCUGUUACCUGGGACAAUGGUCGGGCUGCUAUUUACCUUCUGCGCACACUAUUUGGCCUCGACUGGUGUGACCGUGUUUCUACCAUCUUCGCAGGCGAUGACAUUUCAGACGAGGACGCCAUGCGAGCGCUGCAGGGCAUGGCGGUCACCUUCAGGGUCACGACCUCUCCCAAUCUGCGCACGGCUGCUACCUACCGUCUCCCCAACACAGACGCUGUCCUCACCAUGCUCAAGUGGGUAGAGAAGAGGCUCAGUUCGCGGCUGCCUAUUCCCAACGGCCGUCGAUCGCGAACGACGAGCUUCUCCAAUUCAAACAACCACUCUCCUCCCCACGCCCCUUCUUCCCCGGGGCGAUCCAGGGCCAAUUCAAGCAGCCCGCCCCCGGAGCCGAACAAACAGGUGAUGGUCAUGUCCGACAAAGUGUACCAUCAGCUGAUUUCCAGGAAGAGUUCUCCUCCACGAAGCAGCGUGUCGCCAGUCAGCUCUCCGUCUCGCUCUACGGUGUGAGCUCACUGCUUCACCCUCGGAGGUCGGAGGAUGAAAGCCUCAAAUCAUGAGAGUUGAGGCGCUCGGCAACAGAAGCCACCUCAGACAUGCAGCUUCGGUUAACUCUUCCAGAAGGGCGAGGACCACGGGCGUGAACGCCCUUUCUGGAGUACAAGGAGUGCAGGAGAAGUUUAUGCUUUACUCUAUCUAUCUGCCAACCACCCGACUGCGGCUCCUGGCUAACGUCUAUUGUGCUGCUUUCAGAGGAAGUUUUAGUACAAAUAUAUGAAUAUUUUGAAUGGAGGGCAAAUUGUUUCUUGUGAAUGAGUGAAUAGCAGUUGAUCCAGCAGUGAGGUGUUCACCUAUGGAACUUUUGUGAAAGUGUUAUUGUAAGUAACAUCUGCUUUGUAUUCAUGCACUGGAAAAGAUAUAUACAGUAUUAAUAGUACAUACUUUUAUUGCUUGCUAGUCAGCUAAAAAUGCUUCCGUUUCUUUUACCAUAUAUGCUGUUUUGUAUAGUGAUGGAUCGGAUCAUUUUAUUCCAUCUUUUGCAUUUGUAUCCGAAGGAAAUUUCCGCCAGUGUUGGAAACUAAUGGACAAGACUUUCAUGUCUGAUAAAGAUAUGUAAAUGAAUAAGUAAAUAGAUAAUACAGAAACUAUUGUCAUCUCUUUCCCCGUCACGAUGUUGCCAACACCACAUGUAUUCAUCUUGCCAUUCCUUUAUUUAAAAAAGUAUCUUCCAUAACAAUAAAAAAGGAAAAAAAAAUAUACUAAAACUAAACAAAAAAUAUAUAUUAUAAAAGAAGUUUAAUUAUCUAAAGUAUACACAUACCGGCAUAUUCUUAAGUUACACAGGAGAUGUGAUGCACGAAGAGUACACGCUGUAUGUUGUGCACGCACUUGUGUGUGUGUGUGUGUGUUCAUUAAGAUAUCCAUAAAGAAUCCUGAAUAUGCAUACGUGUGCAUGUUGUACAUACAUAAUGAAACGCAAGCACAUGAUCACAAUUCUGCAGUAACUUAUGUCCUUGAAAGAAAUCACUUACACAAGCAGUAUAUUUACAUGAAACUAAACAUGUUCUUUAUUUAUUUCCUGUACAUUGAUUAUAACCAUGAUAGGAUGAAGUACUAUGGCUGUAAAGGUUGAUAAAAAAUUAAACAAAACAUUAAAUAUC